AUCAGUCUUUAAUUGCCCUCCCGGAUGAUGAACGCAACCCAGCGGUCCUCGGUUCCAGGAAAUGUUCCAAACCCACGAGUCCAAACAUUCUGACGGAAGGUGGCUCAAGUGGAGAUUCCCCAGUGAACACUUGUACCACUCUCUUCUUAUCUGGAGGUGAACAAAGCGGUACGGAGGGAAGUAGCGCUUCGUUAAGUCAGGUACAGCAGAAGCAAGUGAAGCCAACAAAUUACUACCAUUUGUAUGCGAAACCUCAGUCUUUAUUGAUGUGCAGUCGAUUUUGUCUUCAAGACCGCCUACAAGAUGAGGAAGUCAUCACGUAUGCAUGGAAAAGAAUACCUCCUGAUGGAGGCAUCCUGUCUAUUGAAGAGACCGGAGAAAGGCAAACCUUCGGUGUGCCAUCUGCUCAUGCAGGGAGGAUAUUCAUGUCAUUGCCUUCUACUACCUGCGAAGCUAGCGUCGCAAAGCUACUUCGAUUUGCUGCGUUCACUGCACCUUGCGAUACAACUCGGGACAACAGCAUACGUAUUUACGUUUUACCUGAUACGAAUGAUACAUUAAAGAUAGUGACACGUAUUGAAAUGAAGCUGGGCGGCAAACUUGUGGACCUGUCACGUCAGUUCCCUUUUAGUGACGACGGUGGCUGCCUGAUAUUCCAAAUUGUUGCACUCUCCGACGGAUUUCGGAGUCGUCUUCCAGGCG